AUGCCAGAUGCCUCGAUUCCACUGUCCACGGAAGAGAUUUUCACUGUGGAACAAGCAUAUAAGUCGUUUAUCACUUGGCCUAAAUUUUUGGUUAAACCAGUUUCUGACCCCUCGACGCAGGAACAACAGAAGAUUCCUCUAUCUGAGGAUGACCCUCUUUCUUCAUUGCAUCUACUUGCUGACAUCCUUGAUGAUAAGCCUUUGGAGGUUCAGUAUGAUGCUAAUGUAUUUGGGCAUGGCUCUGAGGUCCCAAUAUACCUUAAUAGCCAAGAUGUCCGUGAGCUUGCGUCGGGAACACAAGAGUUGAAUAUUUCAAUUAUUCAACUAUGGACGAUGUAUAUGUCUGGGGUCACUAAUAAGUUGGGGCGUUCUGAUGAUUAUGGAUUCAUUGAUCCCCAAGACAUUCAUGAAUCAAAUGAUUUUGAUCAUAUCAACAUGAGAAUGAUAAGCAAUUUUCGAAGAGGCAAGAAAAUAUACUUUUUGCCUUAUAUAUCCGGGCGCCAUUGGCAACUUCUUGUUAUGUCUGUGCAAGACAACUAUGCUUUGUGGUUCUGCUCAUUGCACAGGCCUCCUCCCACACAACUCAGACAAGCAAUUGAUUGUUCUAUUCCAGCAAGUAUGAUGAUGGACGGGAGAUCAAUUGUUAAGAGUAGAAAGAUUGCUUGGAUUUCUCUCAAGUGUAACAGACAAAAUGGGUCAUAUGAGUGUGGAUACUAUGUAAUGUAUUGGAUGACCCAUAUUGUUCGUUCUCACAUCACAAGAAGCUGGGAAACGAGAUUCAAGACUACUACACCAGUUCCUGAGAAGUCACUACUAUUCAUUAGGAACGCUGCUGCGAAGUAUAUAGUUAGAUUAUACAAUAGCUCUUAGAUUUAGAUUUAAACAAUGCAUUUGAUUAGAUAGAAUUUUCUUAGACUCUCUACUUUAUUUGA